GCCUCCCGCCGCGCUCCGCGCGCACUUCGUGGGAAGCGCUCGACGAAGCGUGGCGGGACCUUCCUGCAGCGGCGGCCGGGGCCGAGGGCACAUGCAGCCCGCGCCGCGCCGGACGGGGCAGGAGGCUGAGAGGCGCCGCCAAGAUGCUUUCUUGUCCUCCCAGAGACGCUUGCUGCUUCACCCUUGGACCUGUCUGACUUAAGUAGAGAGACCAUGACUGAAGUCCUUUUCUCAGCUGUUUUGAAUGGGACUGAAGCCAACUUGCUGUCCAGCAGUGGCUGGUCUCCAGGAAAUGCCACUAGCAAAUGUUCCCUCACAAAAACUGGCUUCCAGUUCUAUUACCUGCCCACCGUCUACAUCCUAGUCUUUAUCACCGGGUUCCUGGGCAAUAGUGUGGCAAUCUGGAUGUUUGUCUUCCACAUGAGGCCUUGGAGUGGCAUCUCAGUUUACAUGUUCAACCUGGCAUUAGCUGACUUCUUGUAUGUCCUGACUCUCCCUGCCCUGAUUUUUUAUUACUUUAAUAAAACUGAUUGGAUCUUUGGAGAUAUCAUGUGCAAACUGCAAAGGUUCAUCUUCCAUGUGAACCUCUAUGGCAGUAUUCUUUUUUUGACUUGCAUCAGUGUGCAUAGAUACACAGGAGUGGUGCAUCCUUUGAAAUCACUGGGGCGGCUGAAAAAGAAGAAUGCUGUUUAUAUCAGUACCCUUGUCUGGGUCAUUGUUGUGGCUGUGAUCUCUCCAAUAUUCUUCUUUUCUGGAACUGGGUUAAGGAGAAAUAAAACCAUUACAUGUUAUGACACUACUGCUGAUGAUUACCUGAGAAGUUACUUCAUUUACAGUAUGUGCACCACUGUGUUCAUGUUCUGUAUCCCAUUCAUAUUGAUUCUUGGUUGCUAUGGGCUAAUAGUGAAAGCUUUGAUUUACAAGGAUUUGGACAAUUCUCCUCUUAGGAGAAAAUCAAUUUACCUGGUUAUUAUUGUGUUGACAGUCUUUGCUGUAUCUUAUCUUCCCUUCCAUGUGAUGAAGACCUUGAAUCUAAGAGCCCGGCUAGAUUUUCAGACUCCUCAAAUGUGUGCCUUCAAUGACAAGGUUUAUGCCACAUACCAAGUGACAAGAGGUCUGGCUAGUCUCAACAGCUGUGUAGAUCCUAUUCUCUACUUUUUGGCAGGUGAUACCUUCAGAAGAAGGCUGUCAAGGGCAACUCGAAAAGCAUCUAGAAGAAGUGAACUGAAUGUGCAAUCAAAAAGCGAGGAAAUGACUCUCAAUAUUUUAGCAGAAUAUAAACAGAAUGGAGACACAAGCUUGUGAAUGAAAAAGAUUUGCAAACAGAAGCACAGUCCACCUGGUUUUAACACAGUAGGACACCACACUAUAAUGAGUGUUUGGGAAAAUCUACCAAGCUUGCUUUUGUAAAAAAAAAAAAAAAAAUUACAAAAAGCAAACGAACAAACAAAAAAACCAAACUCAUUUUCUGAGCCUAGGGAAAACUUAAGCAAAGUAAGUGGAAAAAAAUUAAUCUUAAUGGGCAAAAAAACCUUUAGGUUUCAGUUUUUAUGUUUUUUAUGCUUGCAAUAUUUUAUCUUGUCUUUCUGAUUGGUGUCAGAUAUAGUAAAACAAAGUAAACCCCUAAGGGGAAAAAUAGCAUUAAAAGUGUUACUGUUUUAUUUAUUAAUUCUCCUUGCUCAGAAAACCUUUUUCCUUAACUAGUCACAGAUUUAAAAAAAAUGAAAUAAACUUAUACAGGGUUCAGUCCAUUCAUCCAAACUUAGCUCUUUUUGUUGGCUCACUCGCACACAGUAACAGUUGUUUAGGCUAAGAUUGUGGUACAGUAAUCUCAUUUUAAAUGCAAUCUUUUGAUUUCUGUACCUUCUUCUUUUGGAGCUAGUAGAAAGUAGUAUCUCAAUAGCACCAUGUAUGAUUGAAUCCUCACUGAAGGUAUAUUGCAUGUACAAAUUAUUAUUAUUUUACAUGAAACCUGUUGGUGAAAUCCUGACCCACAGGAACUCAAACUGGCUUAAAGCAAGAAUUGUAACCCAGGUUUUAAAACAUGUAGAUAUACAGGCUUCUAGCUAGUUUUCUGUGCAAACUCCUGCUUAACACACCAUUACAGUCAAAAUUAUGUGCAGAUGCCAGCAUUGAAAAGUGAGCAGGUGAUCCUCUACUCAAUAGUUUAGUGCUUAAUGCCACGUUUGUUCUCAUUCCUUGCUACUGUUCUCAAUGAGAAGACCACAGAAUGGGUUGGAAUGGCAGAGCUGGGCACUUUGCAAACUUGAUUGACAGUUGUUUUUGAGAGUGAUAAAUUUUGACCAGCAUCCGACAACAGACCUGACAUUUGGCAUCUAAUGCUGGAAGUUUGUAUCAAUUUCCUCAUAGAAAUAUAUGUUAUUGAAAAUGUCUGUAUUUUUAUCUGGGCAAAAGCUACAACUGUUUGAAUGAUCUUAAUCUCCAUUUGGUAUCAACAGUCUUCUGAGAUAACGUAAGAGCUGAUUCCCUUGUAAAGUCUUUUUUAAAAAUGGGCUAAAGAACAACAUUUUUGUAAUCAGAAAAAUAUAUAAAGAACUUAAUCUCUCUCUUUUUUGCUGUGAAUAAAGUAUUAUUGUAGUAACAAGAUGCCAAAAUACGCUACAGAUAAUUUCACACUGGAAGUGAGUCUGAGCCACCCUCUGUAAUUUAUUUAAUCCAAACGUAGAAAAAGGUUACCUAAAAUCAGGAAAAACAGUAUAUUGUGUAACACACAAUCCUAUUAGUGGAAAGAGCAGUCUUAUAAUGAACUGAGAACAGAACAAAUCUGUGUGGAAUAGAACUUAAUUUAUUUAUCAAAUAUAUUGUUUUGAUACGUGUUUCAAAAUAUAUGCUAGAAAACUGUAUGAAAGAUCUGGAAUUAUAAAUUUAGUGUAUAAAAUUAUAUAAUCUCGUAAAUAGUUUUAACAAACCCUCAUCCCCUCAAAUUUUAUAUUUUGGAUAUUAACACAUUAUUUACAUCUUGACUAUUAAUGUUGAAAGAUUGAAUAUAAGCAGAAAAAAAUAGCUUGAGGUAUUUCUUGACUACAUUGCAAAGCAGCUUGAAUUUAUAAACAUAAAGCUACUUAAUCUGCAAACAGUAUUUAUUUAUUUAUUUAUUGGAAGACUAAGUACAAAUGUAAAGUAUUGUCUAAUACAUUUUAAAUGAUUUUGUUUUUUAUAUUUUUCAGAAUUGGGCAUUAAUGGAAAAAACAAUUAAUGAAAUGUUCACAUUGUUGUAAUACUGUAUACUAUAACUGAACAGUUUUUACAAUAAACUCUGUUUCACCCCACUAAACAUUUUAGACUACCAUUCACUGUUGACAUGUAGCCUGUAUAUAAACUGCUGCUUAGCAAGCAUUCUAUCUUACAAUAAUGAUGAUAAAUACAUUAAAAUUAAUAAAUUUAAGACCUACAGCAAAAUAAACAAACACCUUCCAAAAAAGCCCUAAACUGACACCAAGGCCAGUGCUUUGUGACAAAAUAUUGUACGAUGCAUAGGUCUUGGUUCCCAUUUACACUAAAUCCCAUUUAUGCUGCCAAAGAAUGAGAAUCUGGCCCACAUUAUGUUGUAUGAAACAUUAUGUACUUAUCUGAGACUGUACUUAACUGAGACAUGCACUGCUUGGCAUAGCAGAUGGUUUAAAGACAAAAUGUUGGAAUAGAUUUUCAGCCUGUUCUCUCAAUGUUUUGUUCUUACAUGUUUAAAUCCAUGUUACUUUCCAAAGUUUUGUGGUCUAUUUUUCUUUCUUCUUUCAGUCAGGAAAUAACAUAUUCCACUCAUUUUUGUUUGAAAAAGUUCCUAUAUGCCUAUACACUCAGUAGAGAGUAAAGCCUUGAAUUCAGGUAAGUCUAUUUAGAUACACUUUUAAGGAGGAUAACAUACCCAACCUAAAGCCUUAUGUUAAAAUGUGCAUCACUAACAUGCUAAAAUGACUGUUUAUUCAUUUAUGUACAUUGGGGCUAAAACAAUUAAGAGUGAGAGUAAAGUUCUACAGACACAAUUGUACUGUUUGUGCAUUUAUGGAGUGAAGGCCAGUGCAAAACAGUAUAACUCCUUGGGCAAAAUCUAUUCUUCCUGAAUGAGAGAUUGCUGUGCUUCUGUUUCUUUAUGGGUGUACAGUAUUCUCCUGCAAUGCACCAUUCCCAAUAGCAAGGAAUGAUCUAGUACCUAUUUGGAAGGUUUCUUCCAAUUACCAACAACUAACCCAUUUUCUGAGCCAGGGGGAAACUUCAGCAGAUCAAAGUACAAAAAGAAGUAAUGACAAAAAGAUCAGUGCAGAUCUUGCUUCCAUGCACUUUUGAGGGAAAGGUACACAGUUUUAGUCUGCUGUGAUGAUCCUGUCUGUAAUCAACUUCCAUUUUAGAGAGAACCUGCACAAGCAACAGAUAUCAUUCACAGAUAAGCUUCCAUGUUGCAAUGAGAAAAGACAUUAAAUAUAUUUCCCUUAAAAUAUAUUUUCUUUUUUUCAGGUCCUACCACAUCCAGAACUACUAUCCUGCUCCGAUGUGACUCCCUGAUGUGCACAUAUUGAGAUGUCACAGUUACCACUAAACCCAGCUGGAACAUGGAGCUGAUCCACACAAUCUCAUGUUAAGUCCCUUCUUUUUUUUUCAAAACUUUGCUGUAUUUGGCAUAUACUCUAUAUUGUAGAGUAGGUAGAUCGAUGGCAAGAUCAUGCAGAAAAGACUUUUUAACUCCAUUCUCCAGCAUGGUUACUUUGUAUCUGCAACAUCACAGCACAGUGUAUAUUGGGCCAUCACAUCGAAGAGGAAGCUGGUCAACUAUGGCAAUUACAGACCAGAAAUAAUAGGUUUUCCUAGAACAGUGUUUCUUAACCUUUUUAGACUCAAGGCAUCCCUUGGAAAGUACUCGGUCUUAGCUUUCACGUGAUUUCUUGACCAUGGAAAAAUGAAAAAGCAGUUCUUCUGUUGCAAAGAACUUAGACUACAGCAGGCCAGAAUGGCUUUGACACUGUAGAUACAUAUUUGAAAUCUCUGGGUUUAUCUGUUGAAUCAUGUAGGUAUUUGUAUCCCACAACACCCUUAAAUGGAUCUCAUGGCACCCCAGGAUGUCACAACACCCUGGUUGAGAAUCACUGUCCUGGAAAGUAUGUUUAAAGCCCCUCUUAACUUAGCCCUGGAGGUAUAUUGGCAAUAUAUAUUUUGUACUAAAAAUGAUCACCCUGACUAGUCUUGAGGCCAAAGAUGCCUUGCAUUUAUCCAUAGAACAAGCAUGGUAUAGGCAAUAGGAUAAACUUCCCCUAAAUCACUUCAGCAUUGUUUCUCAUUCCUGGCCAAAAGGGACCAUCUUUAGGUAGGUAGAGAAGAACUCAGUCUAUUCUAUUCAGUCUUUGACUUUGCUGAAGCUUCCGACUAUGAUGUCAUUUAGCAACAAUGAUGAUAAUUCCUGUUGUGGUCUUGUUCAACUGAAUCUAGGCAGUCACUUCAUCAUAAAAAAAAAUCUUCCAGUACUGAAUUUACUAAACUUGAACCAGCAAGUUAAGUGAUUGCUCUGUGUUUUAUGAUUAAUACCUUGGGCUUAUUUUUUUUUGCUUUCCAUCUUUGCUGGUCAUCUUCAAAACAAAUUAUUUAUUGAGGGAACCAUUACAACCCUUGGGGUAAAUGCUUUUAAGGAACUGGAUACCUGACCUACUAAGCAGAGCUACAGAGAUCCAUAAAGAAGCAAAUGACUAUUCAUAGGAUACAAUUUGCAUUCAGCUCCAUUGAGCCAAAUUUUUCUCAUUUAUGCCUAUGCAUUCCCAGGAAGAGUAAUGUUUAAUGCAAAAUGAAACAUCCAUGGAAUCUAGUUACUGCACGUAGGCUACAGGCACUUUUGGCUGGGUAUCUUGGCUGUUUAAAUUAUGUUUUACUUUUAUAUAAUCAGUUUUGAGUCAAGUUUAUAUACUACAGCAAAAGUUCUGUUAUCCGGCACUCAUGGGGAAUGGGUUAUUUCACCUGCUGUUUCCCCACCUAUGGGGAAGUGAUGGUAUAGAACAUAGGAGAGAGCAUUAACUCCUGGUAUAUUUUUACUGGAAUCUAAGUACAUAAUGCUAUAUAAAAUAGCAAUUACUUUUAUAUACCCAUCUCCCACUCCCAAAAUGUAGUCUCAAGAGAAUUAUAUUCCUUUGGGUAUGAGGAGGGAGGAAGAGGGGAAAACAUAUUUCAAAUUCUUCAUUCUUCUGGGAUUUUUUUUGCCCUGUGUUACUUUUAUCCCCUAAUAAUGUAUACAAUUUUCUGUCUGUGAUGAGGGCAUAUUUUCUAAAAAUAUAAUUUAAUACAUGCUAUUCCUAGCCUAAGUAUUCAAGUGCCCAAUUUCUGCCUAGAGUCAAGUUUUAUGAGAGAAAUGCACUAUUUUGCUAAAUGUUGCCUGAAGUUCUCUCUCAGUCUAGGCAUUUCUUCCAUGCUUAUGAGUUCCUGUGUUUCCACAAUUUCUAGUAAUGUCUACAGAAGUUACAGCACUAAUGAUACAUAAUGGUUUACAUGUUCAGUACAUUAUUAUACAAACAUCAUUGCUCCUCUGAGUUAGGUAAAUUAUCCCUAUGUAUACACAAAGAAGCUGACAGAGAGAGGUAAAGCAAAUUGCCCAGGGCCAAACAUUUAAUCGGCAACUGAGAUGGGAUUGGAACUCAGGAGAGUGACUCUCAACCUAUUUAUAUAAACUAUGCUGCUUUUGUGCACGUAAUUCAGUAAGAAUCUUGCAUGUGUAUCUGAGGGAAGAAUUUGCCCUUCACAUGAAAGCUAUUCUAAAAAUACUAAGAAAAACUUAACUACAGUACAGCUGUUAACUAGCAACAUUUUGCUGCUCAUAUGAUUAUUGUAUUAUUUUUAAUUCCAGAUGUUUUAGACACUAUUGAAAAUUUGACUGCUUCAUCUGCAUCUGUUACAGACUAUUAUGUCUGGGGUAUAAUUGUAUUGCAUCAUAAUUUCAAACUAAUAUGAAGGAAUAAAACUUGUGAUUCAUAGGCUAUUUUUUUUUUUGUGAAUUUGGACUAUAUUGUGUCUCAUGUGAGGAUGUGAAAAUGUUUAUUAUUCUGUUCUAUGUGAUUUGCUAUUGUUGAGUAAAUCCAAUUUAUUUGUGAUUAACAGUGCCAUUUAAUUUUAUUUGCCAACAGAGCAGUGUUACUUGAUAUUUAAGCUUCUCAGGUUUCGUAGUUAGUUUAAACCAGUAGUAGCUGAAAAAACCAUAAUUGUAUAUAACUCUUAUGAAUAAAAAAUAUGUCCGUUUUUUAUGAAACACUGUUGUUUGCAUGCAGUUUUUUGUGUAAGGCAUGGCUACUGAAGCUGUAACUAUUUUUAGUGACAACAGAACUGCAGUGCAACCGCCAGAGUUACUGGCAUUGUACCUAGCAACUUAAGACUGAACAAGACCCAAUAAAAUCAUGAAACAUUG